AUGCCCAACCUGAACCUCCCCUUGGAGCUUAAGGCUAUAUCCUCCUGUCCUGUCACUAGUUGGGAGAAGAAGCUGAUCCGCAUCUGGCUACAACCUCCUUUGAGGCUGGCCCCAGGCACAGCCUCCGAGCAGGCAGCGGGCACCUGCCGGCACCUACGGAUUUGUCCACACGGAGCAACUCAAAGCCGUGCCGAGUUACUACCAACAACCCUGGGCGACAGAACGGGCUCACGUGACCUUGCUAAUAGUUCCUCAAAGACCAGAGAACGCAACACAGCAAUCAUUUUACCAGGGCACGCUGCCUUCUCCAGUUACCAGGGCCCCGAAGUUGCCGAGACCUCGGAUUUUUUGCAUCGAAAGCAAAUAUCAAAACAGCCUUCGGUGAUUUUGCCCGCGGCGGCCCUGUGGCAGACGGCAGCUGCUCGGCUGCGGGGGACACCGGCCCGACACCCCGCCCCGCCGGCGAGGCCAAGCGGUGGCGCGACACCUCCGAAACUCAGUCCAGGGCCCGUCCCCGCCGCCACCGCCCCCUCACGGCUCCCGCCCCGCGGGGACCUGCCCCUACCUGGCGCGGGCGGCGGCUACGGAAAGUUUCCCCGGGGAGGGGCGAGGCGGGCUCCACUCCCUCUCCGCCGAAACGACCGGCUCCGGGAAGGAGAGAAGGCAGGAAGGACGGAGGGAAGGAGGGAGGCGGCAGGCGGCCACCCAGGCUGCCGCUCUAUGGCCGUGCACAUAAACUACAGCUUUACUUCCACGGGAGUAAACUGUAUUGGAGGCGUUUCUGGGAGUGAGAGAAAGAACGUCUGGGCUUCAUGUUCUACAAUGAGAAAAGUGGAAUAAAAUCAAGCUUGAGAUGUGUUCCUGCCUUCAUUUUUAGCACAUCCAAGACAAGAGGAAAACUUCAAGGUUGGUAGACAUCUAAUUUCUUGUAGAUGUUAACUUCUAAAGAACACAGUGCCUGGUUAUGUCUUGUCAGAGACCAUCAGUUACUAGCUAAAAUAUUGUAAGAUCUUCAUAAUUAGACUAUUUCCUGUGUAAACAAUACCUGCAGACCAAAAGCAAUCUGAAAAAUUGAAGUCCAAAGCAAAGGAAAUUAAUUCGUUCAAGUGAAUAAAAGAGAUCGUAUUGGCCAGAGAUGCCCAGUAGCUUGAAAACAAGCUCAGAAUUUUUAAUAUGUGUUUUUCCUUUGAAUAUCCUCCUGUAUGCACUCCUAGGUUUGCUGGAGGGCAGAGGAGAAGGAGGAUUGUUAAAAAUUAAACAGCUUGCUCUUACUAAAAUAAAAAUCCAUCAUACAGUUAUCACUGAUAUAGGUGCUGACCUUUGGCCAUGUUAGUAACGCGUUCCAGAGAAUGUCUUCAGCAUUUGAAUAUAUUUUGUUAAUGUAGGUUAAUAUUAUAACAAGGGACAAAUCUUCUUAAAAUAGUAUUUUUCAGGAUACUCAGCCAUAAGGCAAUGUUGUUUUCUAAACCAAGCCAGCUGUUAAAAGUGCUAAUUAGUUCUGCCAAGAAGGUAACAGUGCCUAUGUCCUAAUAAUCCAAACUGUAAUGUAUAUUAAGAGGCUGUCAAUGCAGCAGUUAUGUUCUCCCAUUUAGGAAUAUUACAAGAAAAAUUUACUAUGAACAGGAGAUUGAGAAAGAAGGGGAAAUCAUAAAACAGGAUAAAUUAGGAGCUCAGAAAGAAAUUGGACAAGAAACAGCUUGGGUAUAGGAUAUAAACCAGUAUAAAAGGAGAGAAAAAAUUACUUCAUUUUAUAAAGUAUUUCUACAUCAGUCAGUGCAAGCAAGAGCAACAUAAGAGGUGCGGUUUAAAACCAUGCACUGAAGUUGCAAGUGACAAUAUUGGAAGUGUUUUCAAAGAACAGGGAUGCUGACCAAAUAGCUAGAGGCUGGAAUGCAAGCAAGAGUGAGGAUGCCUGAAGCGUGAUACAGGCAGCACAAGAUCUUCCUCUGUAGUUUAUUUGUUGCAGCAGAAGCACCACGGUCCCAAGCUACCACCAGUGCUGCGUACAAAUCUGCCCAGUGCUGCAGUGCAGCAGUCUUUGACACCUAACACAUGCAGCUGAAACUCUCAACUCUACCAGCAAGGCUAGAGAGUGAGAAUUAGAGCAUCAGACAGUGAGAAAACAUCAACACAUUUUCUGUUGGGUGGCACUGUGUCAGGUAGAUGCACAUCAAAAUAUAUGUGCAGAGACGUAGAGCUAGCAAAAGCUAGGUUAGCUGUUGUUUGCAGGAAUUAAUAUAACUGUUGAAGGUGAAUUGAACUGCAAACCAAACCAGGUCCUGUAACAGUCAACACAGUUUUUGAGCUGCUAUAAUAAACGGAAUUAUUUCCCACACGUGAUGUUACUAAAAACGUCCAUCUUGUACGAAGUGUUUUAUUUUUUUUUCCCCCGAAACUUUUGGAUAACUUUGCCACUAUUUACCAUAAUUUUUCUCCUGUGUUCUUCCUAAUGAAGAGUGGUUGAAAAUGCCAGUGCACUGUAUUCCAAAUAUGGCUGCAAGAGGGCUGCAACAGGACUGUAUAGAAGAUUACUUAUUCAGCUGAAUUCCAAAUAUAAGCCAUGGCUGUUCUCAAAAUGCCACUAUUUCUUUGGUUUUACAAUGGC